GUUCUGAAGCCUCCAAGCUCGGCAGUCUCAGCUCCGUGUAAAGCUCUCCUCCACCAAGACCAUGCAUGUCUGCGGGCCUGUCCUCUCUCUCCUGGUGCUCGGGGCUGCCUUGUGCGCCCCUGCGCUCUCUGCACCAAUGGGCUCAGACCCUCCCACUUCCUGCUGCUUCUCUUACACCCUGAGGAAGCUUCCUCGCCACUUUGUGAUUGAUUACUUCGAGACCAGCAGCCUCUGCUCCCAGCCAGCUGUCGUGUUCCAAACCAAAAGAGGCAGGCAAGUCUGUGCCAACCCCAGUGAGUCCUGGGUCCAGGAGUACGUGGACGACUUGGAGCUGAACUGAGCUUACCCCUGGGCUCAUGGGCAGAAGGAAACUCUUAAAGAGAAGCCACUGUGUCCUGUCUCUUCUCAGUGACACGCACCUUGUUUUCCACAUGUGUGGUUGUUCUUGGGAAUUUCUAUCUUUUUUAUUAAUUUAAUCUUGAUUAUGUAUUUUGUUAUUUUAUUUGGUGUUAAUUUCCAUUAUUUAUGUUUGGUCAAAGGACACAUGUCCCCCAUGGGGAUGGUCCACCCAUCAUCAUUUCUCUGCUGUUGUGGAC